GAAGCAGUUUGCCUGUGGGAACUUUUAACUGGCCAUCAAGUGUUUUCACAUUAGUAAUUUAGAAAAAAGGAAGUUGCAAAACUUCUGUAUAAGGUUGUCAGAAGAUUUCUAAACACAUGAAUGAGCAACGGUUGUCACGUUCGGAUGUGAAGGCACGGAAACAACACGCUGAAAUCCUCCGCCUCUUCGUUGGUUUACAUAUGGACUUUACCCCAAACUCUGGAAUUAACCAGUGUCAUCUGACUCCCGACCCAAAUGUAAACUAAUCUUAACGAUGAAUCAAUUAAAGCGUCAUUUCUGAGAACCGGGUCACAGAAAACGGAAAGGGACUCUUCGCCAGGAAAGGGUAUGGAUUGAAAGCAGGGAGGAUUAGCGGUGGAUUAUGACAAUCGAGCGAAACUUUGGCAAGUGCAGCUUUGCGCUGACCCUACUUGGAUUUCUGCUGUACUUGACAGACAUUGGGACCGAUCUCGGGGUUGCGGCAGUGUACCUUACCGAUGGACACCUUUUCCGGUUUUCGCUGGUGCUGUCCGUGAUCCUGGUUUCUGCUAUAAUCCUGCAGAGUUUCAGUUGGUCGUGGUACAAAGAUGAUGAGAACAAUUCACAGGGACCACACACCCGAGGCCGCUCGUCGCUGUUCGGUGCACUGCAUAUUUUCCAGAUGGGCGUGCUGCUACGGUUUAUCGAGACACUUAAAUAUGGAUACAAGGCAGCAUUCAAAAAAGAAGAGAGCGUCAUGUCUGCCAUAUACUCAGCUACAGAUUUAAGCAUGUUACGAUUGUUUGAGGCAUUUUUGGAAGCAGCACCUCAAGCUGUUCUCCAGGGCUUCAUUCUCCUGAUAGAUAAUAAUGGAAAAUAUAUUCAGUAUGUGUCUGUGAUUUUGUCAUGCAUGAGCAUUUCAUGGGCUACUUUGGACUACUAUGCAGCACUAAAGAAAUCUUUACCUGACCAUCCAACACUAAUUUGUGUACUCCCUUAUUUACUGUACUACUUAUAUAAGUUAUUGACACUAUCUGCAAGAAUUUUGCUCAUAACUCUUCUGGCUACGAUAGAUAUCAUCAUUAUGACUGUCUACUUGUUUGUUUUAUGGCUAAUCAUGAUUUUCUAUGUCUUUGUGCAGAAGACCAAUUUUUGUACAUCAAAGAUUCAGGAAGUCAUUUAUCGGGCAGUGGUUGCCGUCAUCUUAGUUUUCACCUUUUUCAAUAUAAAAGACAAGAAUACAAGAAAAAUUAUGUCCAUCUAUUACGUACUUAGAUGUAUUGAAACUGUUGCAGUACUUGCCAUCUGCUGGUCUAAGAAAUGUUCUACAGAUGUUAAAAGCUACCAUCUCCCUGUUAGUAUUACCAUUGUGUCGUCACUAAUUCUAGGGAUCAUUUGUCUUGUAUUGUACUACAGUUGUUCCCAUCCAAAAAGGGCAACUGAUAGAGACUUUAAUCAUACUGACAAUGCAGCACAAUCAUCCCUUUCUUGUGAUGAAGUUGAUGGACCCCCAACUAAAAACUCAACAGUUAUACUGAAGAAUAAAAAUGAAAAUAGCAUUAUGAUAAAUUCAGCAGAUACUAGAUCUGGAGAUGUAAAUUAUCGAAUAAAAAAAUUUUUAAGCAUUAAUUAAGAAUAAACCACCACUGGAAUGAACUUGACUUUCCUCUACAGAUGGAGGUUGUUAUAUUUGGUGUUUAAAAAACAUUUUGCACAUCAUCAUUUUUCUAUUGGAUUGUAUUUAUAAUUUAUAAUGACCAAGUUCUUGAAAUGAAGCUCUACCUGUCAAUUUAGGCGUAUGGUAAAGAUUCUAUGGCAUGGUUUAUGAAAUAGCAGGGAGUUUUCUAGACAGCAACUCCUUGCUCAACCAAGAUAAACAAUUCACGGUUGCUCAUCUCAUUUUGGGGAUCUUGUGUUGUACUUGUUUGCAUAAUAAUCAAAGCAUGGUAACAGGUAACUGGAAAACAAAAUGCUUUGCAAUAUGGCAGUGCAAUUCAAAUCCAUUUAAUAGAGUAUAAAUACUCAUUCUGCUGUUAAUAACUUUUGAAUGGAGAUCUUAAAUAUGCUCUAGAAUUGAUAAGCUGUAAAUAUAAUUUUCAAUGGCUAUAAUUUUCAAACACAGGUAAAGGUGUAAUUUUCCACAGUGGCUGCUUUGAAUCAGUUCAGAAAACCUAUUUGUUUUUUUAAGUAUUCUGACUUUAUUGUACAAUGUUAUUAUCAGCAUCAUUGAAAUAAUAAUUUAUUUUAAUAACUAAGACAAUAAAACUUGAAUAUUGCAAAUAUA